AUGCGAACUCCCGAGCUGACGACGCAAAUUUCGAGAAUGUUAAAAUCGCCAGCAAAUCUGAUCAAAAAAGAGGAAGUGGCGCAGAGAAAAGUGGAAGUUGCCACGUAUCGAUUGUACGUGAAAGCGGCCGGCUACUCGCUGAGCGUCGCAAAUCAUCGCCUUCUUCGUCUUCAACAUGACCAUGCAGAUUCUGAGAUCGUUCUGGCCGAAACAGGAAAGAACAGUGUUUUUCCCGCAAAAAUAUUCGAUUCUAGGUGUGCACGGAGCGCUGGGAUUCGCGGAAGUCGGCUGCUUCUUUGCCGCCCUCCUCGCGCUCGUCUGUGUGAGCCAACGUGCGUCGAAAAACCUGCACGGACCGCUGAUCCACAACCUGAUGCGCUCUCCGAUGUCGUUCCACGACACCACACCCCUGGGACGCAUUCUGAAUCGGUGAGCCAAGGACAUUGAGACGGUCGACAUGCCGCUGCCGAUGAACUUCCGAUAUCUGGUGAUGUGCGUGCUCCAGGUCGCCUUCACGCUCAUCGUCAUCAUCAUUUCGACGCCGCUCUUCGCCGUCGUCAUUCUUCCGUUCGCACUCAUUUAUUUGGUCUUUUUGGUAGGGAAGAAUUGA